AUGCCAUUAGAUUCCGGAGUGUUACCCGAUGUGGUGGUCGGCAAGGGCUCCAAUAACUGUCAAGAGUCCCGAGAUUAUACAUGCAUCCCUCCACAUAACUAUGACGACUGGUUACAAAGUGAGGAGUGGACGUUUCUGGCGUGUACAUGCCUGGGAGCAGGACACGCUCUAAGCUUUCUCGUCACGCGCUGGAGUUUAGGAAUGAGGGCAUAUUUGACUUAUCGUAAUGCUAAAACUGUACACGAAGCCUCGCAUAUUCGCCUUGUAGCAGCACCCUAUAGUGGCAAAGGGGAUAUUGUACCAAUCACGCGAAGGGACAAAAACGACAAGGAUAGUUUCACGUUCAAGUAUCAAUCCGACACGUAUCUCUACAACCCACAGGAUAAUACCUUCGCGCCAAUAUCUUAUCCAUCCGAUUCUAAACCACCUCUAUCAACAUUUAAUACGCCAAACAAGGGAGCCAAGACCAUUGGGAUAACUAGCCAAGAUGUUGAAAAGAUGACUACCUUAUACGGCAAGAACGAGUUUGACAUACCUAUCCCCAGCUUUACUGCACUCUUUGCGGAGCACGCUGUGGCACCAUUCUUCGUCUUUCAGAUAUUUUGUGUGGCUUUAUGGUGUCUGGACGAAUAUUGGUAUUACUCGUACGUCUCUAUCUUCACAACGUAG